AUGAUUGUUUUGGUCCAGAGAGAAGAAUUUCAAGACGAGAUCGAAAGAAUAAGAAAAAAAGAGACUGUAUCUAAAACAUCGAAGCUUCGCAGAUUGAAUCCCCUCAUCAAGAAUGGACUGCUCAGAGUCGGAGGAAGGAUUCGACACGCUGAUCUUGAGCAUAAUAAAAAAUGUCCUAUCCUUUUACCCGGAAAACAUCCUUUUACCGACCUCUUGAUUCGUCACACCCAUGAAAAACAAUUACACGCGGGAAUAAAUGCGACGUUGUACGCAUUGAGACUAAAUUAUUGGCCGGUGGAUGGAAGAUCGUCUGUGAAAAAAAUUGUACAUAAUUGCGUUAAGUGUUUCCGUGCUAAACCGAGAGAUGUAAAUUAUAUUAUGGGAAAUCUUCCCAAA